GAGUAACUACACCCCCUCGAAAGAUUGGAAGAGGUGGAGGACGAAGGCUGGUAGCAAUGGCAUCUUCUGCCAAUGGACCAGAACGUCAAGAAAUGGCUCAGGUAUCUGGUCAGAAACCCAAACAACCUGAAACAACAGAAACACAAAUUCAACCGUCUUUGUCAUCGACAUUUUUUGAUGAUUUAUCACUAUCUUCUGAGAGGAAUUUAGAAUCAUUGUCUGAAGUAGACAGUUAUGGUGACCAAGAAUCCCAACCUGAAACAACAGAAACACAAAUUCAAUUGCCUUUGACAUCGACAUCUUUUGAUGAUUUAUCACUAUCUUCUGAGAGGAAUUUAGAAUCAUUGUCUGAAGUAGACAGUUAUGGUGACCAAGAAUCCCAACCUGAAACAACAGAAACACAAAUUCAAUUGCCUUUGACAUCGACAUCUUUUGAUGAUUUAUCACUAUCUUCUGAGAGGAAUUUAGAAUCAUUGUCUGAAGUAGACAGUUAUGGUGACCAAGAAUCCCAACCUGAAACAACAGAAACACAAAUUCAAUUGCCUUUGACAUCGACAUCUUUUGAUGAUUUAUCACUAUCUUCUGAGAGGAAUUUAGAAUCAUUGUCUGAAGUAGACAGUUAUGGUGACCAAGAAUCCCAACCUGAAACAACAGAAACACAAAUUCGAUCGCCUUUGUCAUCGACAUUUUUUGAUGAUUUAUCACUAUCUUCUGAGAGGAAUUUAGAAUCAUUGGCUGAAGAAGACAGUUAUGGUGACGAAGAAUCCCAAGUAAUUUAAUGUUUUUCAUUUAUUUCUCUAUUACUUCUGUUUGCACAAAUUAUGACCAAUGAGUGUUUUGGAAAUUCAUCAAAGAC